CACGACAGGAAGCAAAGAUGUCGAUGGUGAAGUCGAUAGUUCUGUAUUUUAGUGAAAAAUUUUCUAAAGAUGUGGCUCAUAUUGCUCCAGGUAAGGAGUAUUACCAAUGAAUGUCUUAAUUGAGGAUGAAGAAAGCUUCUUUGGCAGAGGAUAACAAUGCUAAUUUGCAAGGGAAAGAAGGAAGCAAGCUUAACAGGUGAGUGAGUUUGCAUUUCGCUGUACAUAGCAAAUUCAGUUUUCUUCUCGAUAAAACGCGUAUUGAGGACGGUUUGGUGAGGGUAACUUGUUCAUCUUUUACAUUUUAGUCUUAAAUGACGGCUGUAGAGGUUUAUGGGAAGAUACCGAAUACAUUUUCUCCAGAAUAUUAGUGUACAAAAUUCUGGCUUGAGGUUAAGCUUAAUUCAAUUGGGAUUCAUAAGCUUUUUAUAUAUAGUUGCUUACGAUGAUAAGUUUAUUCGUUUCGCUUCGCGUGAUCGGGUGGCGACAAUUUAAAAAUAAGUAACGGAUGGCUUCGAGAAACCCCUUCACAGCACUUAGAGACGAUAUAUUUAAUGAAUUAUAUGUAUUAUAGAUUUGUUUAAAUAGUCACAAAGCUGGGUUUAAGUCUUGUACACAAUGAAAUUUAUAUUCUUAAUAUUAUCAUCUUUUACCCUAAUAUGACAUGUUUAAUACUGAAAAUUCUUGAAAGGGUGUUUGGCUUAUUUUACUGUUGUUGUUGUUAAAGUAGUAAUAAGAAUCUUCAGUAUACUUACAAAAUAAUGUAACAAAAUUAAUUAGCAUAUAUUCCUCAUAAUUAACUACAUGUAGCACUAGUGGGGAGUUUAGAUGGUGCCUGUGGUUUAAGGAGAUGGCCUGGCAACAGUUAUCAAGGUUAUUGCAUUUGUAUUUAAAGCAAGAUUCAAAAUCUGCAUUCUGAAACUUGCACACUAGUAAACUGAAAGAAAACUGAAAAAAAAUUUGCUUUCACUAUUAAAAUAAUGUAAAAGUGAUUUACGGAGCUCAGGCUUGUGAUUGGCAAGCAUUCCUUGUUCUUUUUCUACGAUCAUCCAACUUGGUUCAUUGCUUGUUUCGGGAGGAGAUACAGAAGGGAAGUUUAGCUAGAGGUGUGCUGUUGAGGUCUUCAAACCCUGACCCUGUUUAUCCCUUACGAAGAUUUGUAAGCCCAGGGGCCCAUUUCUCGAAAGUCCCGAUAAUUAACUGGCCCGGUAAGCUGUCUCUGUUUACAUUAAAGAUUGAGGUUUCAAAAGUUUUGCAGCUAACAUGAUAAAACUAACAGUUAAUGAAACAAAAUGGAGUAGUUUGCUAGCCAGGACCAGUGCUCUUAUUCUUUACAUUUCGAUUUGAAUACUUGAUUUCGGGCUUGAAAAGUUACCUGGACUUUCGAGAAAUGGGCCCCAGGGCUGUCAGGGCUGUCAAAAAGUUUUUAAGUAGCAGGCUGAUAGUGAAUAGUAAAUGGCUUUGGAACUUGCACCAAAGCUACAAGUUCUUGAGGGCUGAGGCAUCUAGGGACAUUUUGAAAUUUAGAGUCUCGGAAAUUGCAUUUCCAGGAAUUUACAAGAGGUAUUUUCCACCUUGGAGGCCAUGUUAUUUGGUCAGAAUACUGGCGAGACUUGGAACAAUGCCGUUAAAAUGUCCCAAGCGUUCCACAACAUCACACGGUUCGAACGUUUCAUAGAUCAUAGCCUGCUAAAUAUGCAUUCAGUGUCAUUCAAAUCUGAGAAAUGGUUGCUUUGCAAUUUUAUUUGAUGGUGCUUAUUUUUUGUUAGCAGUGGUAGAAGAGAUGAAAGUAGCCGGCUAAGGAUGGCCAACUAGCCGGCGGUUUUGGCCGUCUACCGGCCCUUAUUGACAGCCCUGGGCUUGUGAGUGACAGUCUAUGGCAUGUAAAAUUUUUUUUGACAAUUUUUGUUUCAUCGUUACAAUAUACCUUAUUAUAGGAAAUUAAUGUGAUUUUCAAAAAUUUGCAUCAAUGUAAAAUUUUGUAGGCGUUUAUUUUUGUGCCAUUAAUUAAGUGGAGAAUGAAAAUAGUCUCAUGAGCUGAGCAUGCUCGGGAAAUCGCUGUCAAAAUUACUCUUCCUGCUCUCGUUUGAAUUGAUUUUAGUGAAAAAGGGGUCGGAAGGCAACUCACGACUUUUACUUCCUGCCAAAAUGCUGCUUGCUCCAGUAAGUGUUCUUUGUUCCAGUGGGUAGAUGUUCAAAAUUUUGACUGAGAAAAUUUAAUAUGUGAAUUUUGCCACUUGUUCGCUUGUUUCACACUGAGAGGUCAUUUCUGACAUUCUUGCCACCUAAGAAGAAAGGAGUGUUUUAUCGGGUUAGAUAUCCACUAGUAACAGUGAAACUGUGAGGAAACCUGAAAUUGGCUAGAUUUCUUAGCUUGACACCUUUGUGCAUCUGGGAAAGCAAAGUUUCCAUAUUGGAUUUAGCAUUUAACUGUGUUCCUGUUGUCUGAACAAGUUUUGUUUCUUUGGGCAUCGCGCUAAUUUUCUUCAUUUUGAAAUGUUACCUUCCUCUCUCUGUUGAUUUCCUUUCAUUUUCUAGAGAGUCGUUCACCACUAAAUUCACGUUAAUUUAAGGCACAUCAAUUUCCAGUUAUACCCUAAUUUCAUGGACCAUUAAUAACUUUAGUGUAGUGCAAAGUAAAGGAUUCAUGACACUCAGGAAUGUUUCAAAGUUGCACCCCAAUAUCCUGAAGUUGCUUCAAAAUUAGUUCGAGAUAUAUUUCAGUUCUUUGAUUUAAUUAUUCUUAUUCUUAUUUAUUAUUCUGGCUGCAAAUAUUGACUGCAGAAGUAUUUUACAGAAAAUAUUGAAGCAAAUUGGGCCAGUAGCUUCAAAAUACGAGCAAAAAUCAAGAAACGAGCAGUUUUCAGUGAGUCUCACCUUGCAGACGAGUUUGCAUGCUUAUGUCGUGCGAUAUGUUUCUCCAAAGUGUGUUUUAAUUUGGCUUUUUUCUGUCAAAACCUUGUCUUUUUCUGCUGAAAUCUGGCUUGCAAUUCGUUUUACACCGUGGAAAACCCAAUUUAUUAGUUUGCAGGUUAAAUUCCCUGCCGAUAGAUCAAAGUUUCAGUUCUGUACUAUGGUCUAGAGUAUAAUAAUUUUUACGUGAACUGUACUACCAUGUUAGUGGGUUUUUUUUCUAAAUCAAGUGGCCAAAAUAAUGCUAAAUAUGUUUUUCAAUACACUUUUAAAAAUAAAACCACACAAUAAACAAAAAUGAAGAAGAAGAAAGGAAAAAACAAAGUAUUCGCCGUGGAUUACCGAUCCAGUUCUUAACCCCACCCGACAAGGCUUAACUUGAGUGGCACUACUAAAAAAGCGAGUUUCACAUGCGCGAGGGAACUUAUUCUGAGAUGCGUAUUUCACGUUUAUGAGCAGUCUUCAUUCAGUGACCAUCUUUUCAGUUUUAAUAAGUAUUUUCUCUUUUUUAUGGAACCAGUUACACCAAUGGUCGGUGCCUAUUUCUGGAUAUCUCCAUAAGAAUUAGCCGUACGACUAGUUACAAGAACAUGGUACUGGAAAUGAUCAUCAAUGAAAUCCAUGGGCUUGCAUUUUUCCGCAAACUUCAAAGCUGAUAGCUGACAAGCCCUGAUCAGCAGAUCAAAUUAUCACAAUCAGUGAACCUGUAUAGUGUUUGUGACAGAAAUGUUACUCUGGGUUUGUUGUAGGUCUUCUAUGCAGCUGGCCAACAGGCUUGACAUUCAACUAAAGUCUGUUGUUGAGUGGCAAGAACUUUUUCAACCAGAUGCUAUUGCACUCAGACACAGGUAUGUCAACUCAAAAUAAAAAUAUGAUUUAACCGCAAACUCAUUUUGACACUCUUUAUUUGAUUGUAUACCAGCACGUGUCAGUAGUGCUUAUAAAAUAAAGUUCCUAGACCAGGAUAAUUGCCUACACUGUUCCAUUAAGUUGGUUAAGUAUGGUGCUGGCCAGAGUUUUCAGCUUGUAGUGCUGUGGUGUGUUAGGCCGCAUUAAAGUUUGUUUCUUGUGGACCUACGUGAACUCGUCUGAUCUGGUUUGAUAUAUAUGCAAGAUGGUGCCAGGGAGAUAAGUAAGGCUUUAUGGUCUCGCUAUGGAAGUUGUUUGCCGCUCAGAUCACUGAGCGGUGCUCCCCUUUUUACACCAUAUGUUUUGUUGUUAUGUUUUUAUUAGCCUUUAUUUAUUGUGUAAAGCCAUUUUGACUAUUCACCUCAAAACUACCAACUUCCUUUUUGCAUCCCAAAAUAAAACUCUUUAGAUCAAUGUUUUAGACUCACAAAAAAAUCCUCCCCAGUACAGGGGUACUCAACUGUAAGAGCAUUUCUUGAUGGUUACCAUAUUUAUUUCAAUAAGCGCCCAACCUCAAAUAAGCGCCCACCUUGAAUAAGCGCCCAUCCUAAAGGCAGAAAAAGUUAAUAAGCACCCAGCCUCGAAUAAGGUGAGGUGUCCAUCUUAUAAAAGUGUCUGUUGAGAGAGAGUCAACUGUACUAACCUGAGAGUCGACUGUACUAACCUAGAUUUGCACUUGAAUUUUUAAGUCAUGUCUUUCACUUGUAAUAAAGAUUUAGGUUUCUGGAAAACUGCCCACCUACCCCUUCCCUAAGCUAAAAUUAACACUUACUUCUCACUUAGAGCAAAAUAAUGGCUUAGGAGAGGGGUAGGUGGGCAGUUUCCCAGAAACCUCAAUUGAUCCAGAUUUUUCAAUGUAUUUUUUUAGGUUACGAACUCAGUGUGAGAUGCUAAUUCUUAAGCACUCUAAGGAGUAUGGCCGAAGAGCUGAGGAACGGCUUUGGAGAAAAGUGUUUUAUGAUGUUAUCCAGAAACUGCGCAGUCACAGAAAGGUUAAUAUACCAAACACUCAAUGACUCAAAUGACUUAAAAUUCCAUGGUAGUGUAGCUAAGCCUUAGAUGUGAAGGUUUUUUCCCAUUUCCCAUAAGAUUAUCUCCACAAGUUACUUGAGCAUGAUUGUCUGCUUGGGUAAAAGUAGUCUUGAAAAAGACUGUUGUUGACAGUGACUGGCGUUUUGACAACCUCUGCGGUAGUAAUUGUCAGAGUCAAGGUCAGUUAUAUCAUGUCAGUUGAUGGUAUUAAACUCUGGUUAUUGAUCUGAUUGGUCAAAUAAGUUGUGGUUUUAUUGGUCAUCUGUCAGUUAAGCCGAAAAGAAUGCAUUUCAAUCCAUCUAUUGUCGCAGUUAAACAAUCAUUAAUUUUUAGUCUAAAUUGUUGGUUGUCCAGUCCUUCUCAUAGUAGGUUGACCACUGCACAGGUUGUCAAAACAUCAGUCACUGUCAACAACAGUGCUAUUCAGGACUAUGUUCACCCAGACAACCAUACGCAACCAACUUUUGAACAGGGCUUGCACAGUCUUGAAAAGUACUUGAAUUUUAGGGAAAGUCCUCGAAAAGUCCUUGAAUUUUCUUCGGCUUUGAAUGUUGUGGCCUGGUAACUGUAUUUUAAAUGCUUUUUGGUUGUCCAAGACUGAAUAAAUAAAUCAUAGCUCAGGGAAGUUAAAAGUGAUCUACAUAAAUCAGUUUUUGUUUAUGUAAGAAUUAAACAUCAAUUUAAGACAAGUGAACUGGAAAAAUUAAUGUAGAGAAUUUGGUGGGUGGAGCAAACAGUUCAAGCCUUAAAGUCCUGUUAGAAUGGACAGGGUAUGUACAUUUUGGUACAAUCUGUGAAAUCACAUUCCUGGUAGGUAGUCCUUGAAAAUCUAAUGCGGUCCUUAAAAAUCCCUGAAAAGCCCUUAAAAGUGGUGCAAUUUUUUGUAUGAAUCCUGUAUGAAAUGACUCCUGCCAGGCUCAAACAUUUCAUAAGAUUAUUUCUAUAUUUACAGAUUCUGGAGGAAGAUUCUGCAGGUCUUGAUGCAGUACUCCGUACCCAUCUGUCAUCUGCAGCAGGAUAUUAUUACCAUCUGUUGACCCAUCUUCAGCUUUUUUAUCAUCUUACACUGGACAGUGCAUUGUCUUGGGGAUUUCCUUCUUCUCAGAAAGGUAGGGUUUCAAUUUUUGUCUUUAAUGCUGUGUCCCGGGGGGCUGACUGUUAUUUAACCCAUUUGCUCCUGAGAAUUUCACUGAAAAACACAUUUGAAACUAGUCAAGCUAUUUUCUGGUCACUUUCUGGCUAUAGAGAGCUAAAACUUACCACAAAGCCGUUUGCAGGUCGUACACUUCACGACGGAUGAAAAUAGUUGACAAAAUAGUAACUUCUGAAGUUUGGGCAUGGGCAGAAAUAUGCACGAUUUUAUACAGUUGAACCUCAACUAACUGCCACCUCUUUACAACAGCCACUUUUUUUGUCCCGGCGGACAGUCCAUACAUUGACUCUUAUUAAAACCUCUCCAAAAUGGCUACCCCUCCACAGUGGCAAUGGCCACUAAAGCGUGUCCCCAACUGCGAAAAUAACCUCUCCACAAUGGCCAGUUUUUUCAGCAACUGAUGAAAAAGUCAAGAAUGGUCAUGAAAUUUGAUUCGUAUGGCACAUUGAUGAUUAAUCGCGGCAAUCGUAUUUUGAUUUUGUUCCAUUUAUAGUGCUGCAGUAAGCAUAAAUUGUCUACGAUACUUAUAGCGAAUGUUGCUAACCUUUCUUGUUUUGUCACGUUAGCAUUUUAUUCAAAACAUCAUUCAAGCUUUUUUGCGUAUUUUAUCUCUAUUAUUUAUGAUUGGAUUGUUAUCAUUAUGGGAGAGCACAAUAAACCUUUUGUACUCCCUUAAAAAAAUUGUCAUAUUACACUCCUUACCUCUCCAUAACGGCCACCUUUCCACAACAGCUACUUUCUUCUGUCCCCUAGGUGGCCGUUAUGGAGAGGUUUGACUGUAAUAUUUUCUCCCUCCAAUCUCCACAACCUGUAAUAAACUGUAAAAUAAUAGUUAAUAAUAAUUAUUCAAAAAUUGACAACAUGCCUUUUCCAUGUAAAUAUGAUCAAAAGCGAUCUCAGGAAAAAGACCAUCCUUUUGAAGUUAAUUUAUCUUUAUAUCGGUAUUUCUUCUUGUCGCCAUCUUCUUCUCUUGAUUUACUGAACAUUAGGCUGUUCAUACCUUUAUAAAGCAGUCAGUGGUCAAUUCCCCAAGAGUGUAAAAAGCUCCAAUAAAAAGUCCAAUUUAAGCUUCCAUCUCAUUUUGUUUUUCCCCUUCUGCUGUUGUUUUGCAAGCUCUCUACAAUUUUCUUUAUGAACAGUGAAAUGCACGAAACUAUUGCAAUUCAAUUUCCAAGAAAAAACUUGAAAAAACAUCACUCUGGAUUCUGAUUGGACUUUUCAUUUUUCUGUUUUCUUGUGAAAAACAUUGUUCAUUCCUUUAACCUUUAGGCUAGAACUCAUCUGUGUGCACAUGAAAAUUUACAACAUAGCUUUUCAUUGAGUAUAUCUCAUUAUGUAUAUAAAAUAAGUUAUUUGUUUGUUUGUUUGUGUGUUUUCACAGCUGUUGUUGAGGAAGAGGAAACAGUUUCUUGGGCGAUAAGAGCAUGUCAACGCUGCCUUAUUUACUUAGGAGACAUUGGUAAGAGUGCCAACAUUUGGAUAAGUUCAAGAAUUUCCGUUAUGUUUAACAGCAAGAGCAAACUUGUAGUACAUGUACCUGUUACAAGAAUUGUUUGGGAGAAGUACAUUUUUCGUAGUUUGUAAAAUAUUGAGUUGCAUUCAUGUAUUCCUCCUACAGCUCGAUAUCAAUCAGAUCUUGAAGGGGAAGACGCCAUUAAAUUGGCGGAAAGGUUUUACUGUGAAGCUGCUUUGAUCAACCCAGAUAUCGGUAAGUGUGCACCAAAUUGACAAAAUGUCUGUGUCAUUGAAGUCAAGAUUGUUUUAGUUCAUAUUAAAAUACAUGAAAAAAACUUUCUGGAAUCUGAUUGCAAUGCACUCUUUAGCAAAACACAGCUCAAAAAUGAGGAAAAAAAAUAAAACACCUGAGAGAAUGGAGCAAUGUGAGUGGCUGAUAAACAAAGGCAGUUCAUAAGAACCAAUCAGGUGCUACAAUCUUCAUUGGCGACUUUGAAGUGACACGUGGUAACUGGGUCAUUGUUGUGUCAAAUUGCAUUGUGGGACUUUCUUGGGACAAAUUUAGUUGCAAUAAUUUUUUUUAUGAAUAUUAUUGAAGGGUAAUCAUACGACUUUUCUUAUUCUUAUUUUUCAUAAUGCUCAAGUUGCAUAAGCCUGUGGCACUUUUUGAAAAACAAACACGUUCAAAUUAAUUCCAAAUUGAACCCAAAGUCAUCUGAUUACCUAUACAAAUUUCACUGUUAUGAAAACUAGUUUCUGUUGCUCUCAACCCUAGUAUGACCACUGGAAACAAAGUUCUACUACAGGUACAGGUUAGAAAGCACAGCAAGGAGCUGCUUCAGAUGGAAACGAAAUUAUUACAUUAAGCAUUUAAAAUAUAUUCUUGGUUUGCAGGGAUGCCUCAAAACCAGCUAGGAACCCUUGCAGGAACAAAGGCUUUUGGCUGUGAGGGAGCUUAUUUUUACAUGAGAUGGUAACAUAUUUUUCUUCUUUUAAUACUAACUUUCUUGAUGCAUAAGAAUGCUAGAUCCUGCUGUUUGAUUCAGUCUCUUUUGUUGUGACAUUUUGUUGCAGUCUUUUGUCGAAAGAAGUCUUUGAAGGGGCUGAAGGGAACUUGCUAAGAAUAUUUGAAAAGAACAGAUCUAUCCUAUACAGGAUAAAGGAGUUGCCUCUUGACGAGCCCCAGCCCAAAGAAAGGUAUGACUUGAAUUCUCUUGCAUUUCCAAUGUACUUCUUGCUAAUAUUUUUAGUCAGGGAAAAGAGGUCGGAGAGCUCAGAAUUCCACACACUCGUUCCACAAAAAGGAAAGACCAAAUGAACACACUGUCAGGGCAGGAAACAGACUGAUCAUUAUACGUUCCUGAGAAACUGCUCACCUUCCCCUCCCACAAGCCAACUUUAACACUUACUUCUCACUUUGGGCAAAAUGUUGGCUUAGGGGAGAGGUAGGUGGGCAGUUUCCUAGAAAUGUAUAAUGACCCAGGUCUGAUAGCCCAGGACAAGUAAAUUUUAGUCUUGGGCAAGUAAAAAUAGAAGUUUAGUGAUUUCACUCUAUUAACAACGCAGUUGUUAAGAGAGGUUUCAACCACAUAAUGCUUUCUUUGAUUACUUUAGAUGGGUUUUUACAGACACACGUUGAACUGGAAGCAUCACUUUCUCUUUUUUGUCAGUUGAUAGUUAGUUUUGACUUUCCACAGAUUGAAGCGCUUUCUUGUUUACUUCCUCUACUUACAAGAUGUUCUGUACCAACAUGAGAGGUGAGUAACACUAGUAAAAAACAUGGACGUUCUUUUUUUGUAAGGCGUUUUACAAAAUUUUGGCAAGUUCAUCACCUCUUGCUUUAAGCUUACUUGUUUUGCAAAGAAAGUAGUAUUGAAAUCAAGAGGCAUAUUUGAGUCCCCUAUGUACAGCUUUUGUUAUGUAAACCAUAGGGAAAUUCACUCCUUUCUUUUUUGGGGAGAGCCCAUAUAUACCAACUGAGUGAGAGACUAAAAUAAUACACUUUAAAAUCCAAAGAGAGCAAUCAGUGUUGAAUAUUUGAUUUUACACCCUGUACAAAUGUAGCUUUUCUAGAUGCACGUUUCCCUUUUUUGCAGUACAAGUACAUGUAAUGUUAUUUUUUUCACCCCAAAGUUUUAAAACAAACUUCGUUUUGUGAUUGAUGCUUACAAAUGAAAAAUUGUUAGUUCCCCAGAGAUCAGCAGCGAAGAUAUUGGUCAUUUGUGUCAGUCCGUGUUGCAAGACUUCAGUAGUGUGCUGUCAGUAGAUCCAUCAUCCUCUAAUGGACACAAGCCAGCAAUGGAGAAUGGGCUCCCCCCACAGGAGAAUGGGCACCAGGAUACUGACGUCAAAGACGACAAGGAUGGCGUCAUUAGUAGCUCGCUAAUGGUCAAAUUGGUUGUCAUGGCAAUUUCUACUGUCACCAGACUGCAGUCCAAUAGUAAGUGCCCAAUCGAGUUUGAAGAUGAGAACCUUUGACCUUGUGUUUAGUGCCAGUGGUUAAUGACCUCUGCAGCGAUCACCCAGUAGUUCUGAUACUUUAGUGAGCCUGCUGUAGUCUGUGGACAGGCUCCCAAGGGAGCAGGGUAGAACGCGGAAGUUCCCAUCCCUUCCCCCCUGUUUUUUACCCUUCCCUGCUCUGGUUACCGGUCGUUUCUAUACAAAGUCGUUUCGAUACAAGUUGUUUCGAUACAAGUUAAUUCCUUCGAGGUAUAAAUAUUUACAAGUACUUGGCUCAAAUAACCAAGAAUAUUCACCCAAAAUGUUUCUAUUGUUCAAUUGCAAACUUUACUUGAAGUAAUCGAAAUUUUUGUGCAGUUUUACUUCUUGAGUUCGUAUUGAAACGACCGUUUUCCCCUGCUCUAGAUCUACGCACGUUUUCUGGCCUUUCCUUCGUCCUUCAGCAGUUAGCUGCAUGCCGUGUUUUUGCGCAGACGUGCCGUUAUGGUGCCUUCAUUUUUCCUUGUCAAACGUUUCGCUCAAACUCGACGCUGCAGGAAAAUUCUGUUCUCACUGCCUCGCCACCUCUGGUAACCAAUCAGUUCGAUGUAUGGGCCUACUGUCUACCCUUUCGCCUACAUCCCGUGAUUGCUAUUCCUAAAAUUUCCCUUUACGUAUAGGAACCAAACUGGAAAGUCAACCAGAUAGCUAGGCGAAUUGACAGAAAUUGUCACCUCCAUCAACCCUUUGUCUUUAAGUGUUUAAGGUUUUGUCCGUCAGCAAAUUUUUUUCCGCACCAGUUUUUCUCAUCACUUGCUCAGUGUUUGCGGAAAUAUUAUUUAGGAAUAUUCCUUGCAAUGUUAGUUUAAGUGCACAAUUCUUGGAAUACCAAAGACUGGUAAUGCGGCGAACAUACCGCGCGGCAUUUUAGAAGAAAGUGAAACCACAAUAAGUGACACGGAGGAAAGUGAUUAAAACUUACUUAAAAGUUUAAUUUUGUUGACAUUUUUCGCAGAUUCCCAAGAGUCUUCAGUGGCAGCUGCAUUUACCUUAGCGUUUCUUUCUCUCCUUCUCCAACACUGUAUUUCCUCAUUUGAAAACUUCUUAGCAAAGGAUCCGACCAGCUCCGAGCAGAAUGUGGCAAAUGGACCGCAAAAAACAGCUGCCACGCAGAAUGGUUUGAGCGCGGAAAAGCUACAAAAGCACGAGAGUUCCUCGUUGGGAUUGAAAGCUACCAAGCCCCUAAAGGACUUCAGCGAAACAAAGAAACUGAAGAAGGCAUUGAAACAUCGGCGUCGACGACGACGAAGAAGAAAUGUCGAUUACAGUUUUGAGAGCUACAGCGGUAGCGGAAGCGAUUUUGAUGAAUCCGGAGGCGAGAAUGAUGAGGAUAGUGAUUUGAGCGAAGGAGGGGGAGAUGUGGAGAAUGUGUUAGAAGACCUGAUGAGCGACGACAGCGAUGAUGUCUAUGUUGAAAGUGAGUCGGAUAGUGAGAGUGGAAACACUGGAUCUGUCCCUAAGACUGUGUUCAAUUCUUCGGGAGGUGAAAAUCAGCUUGACAAAAGUUCCUUGCCCAAGUCUACGGAGAAGUUCUCUGCUCAUCAAGCUCUGCUUGGCAAGCAGGGAUUGAAAGGUGGUUUCUUGUGGCAGAACGGGAUUUCAGUUGGAAAGAUUUUCAGGCCGGAUUUGUUCAGUGAUGUAAGCGACGCUGAAACUGGUAAGAGUUACAAGUUCAGUGUAUGUCUUGUGGUUCAAUUUUAACCUUGGUUUAAAUUUUAGUUCCUUUUGUUUUUGGGAAUGGUAAUGUCUGAUAAUGAGUUUAAAACAAAAGAAAAUAAAAUUUAAACCAAGGAUAAAAUUAACCACAACAUAUGGACUGGACACCAAGAAGUAGGUUGAGAAAAUAAGGAACUGUAAAAAUGCCCGGAUCAAUUAAGUUUCUGAGAAACUGCCCACCUACCCAUCCCCUAAGCCAACAUUGUGCCCUAAGUGAGAGGUAAAGUGUUAAUGUUGGCUUAGGGGAGGGGAAGGUGGGCUGUUUCCCAGAAACCUAAAUUGAUCCAAAUGCCCUUCAUUUGAGGGUCAAUGUAUCGCCCCUUGUAAAGGAAUCCGGAUUCCGGAAUCCGUGAAAUUUUUGCUUGUGGAAUCCGGAAUCCAGAAUACAGCUCAAGGAAUCCGGAAUCCCACUAACGAUUGGAAUCGAGAAUUCAAGUUCCACUGACAAAGACCGGAAUCCAUUACUUGGAAUCCCGAAUGCAAGAGUGUCUUGGAUUUCCUUGCGUGAGGCAAAAUGUAGUUAGCAUGAAAGCGCUAAUUGGGUCGGGGACAAUAUUUUUACGUCUCCAACAGGAGACAGGACCACCAUUUCACGUGGUCAUCAGAGCCACGCGAAGGUAUUAAUAGCCCGGCUUUGCAGGGCAAAGGCACUACCUUCAUUUCCCAGUUACUUUUAAGACUCUGAGUAUUGGUCCGGCCCCGGGAAUCGAACCCGCGGCCUCCCGCUCUGCAGUCAAGCGCGCUACCGUCUGAGCUAUUCUUGAUGCUGUCACCGGCGAAGUCUAGUCUUUCAAACCGAAUUCCAUAUGUUUGGCAGUAUAAGAAGAUUCGCUCUUCCGAGUGUGAGACAAUGUAUACAUACCAGAGAGAAACCAUUACAAUCAUUUUUCCACGCCUGUUGCCCUCAGGUUUUGGGGACCCGGGCUUAGAAGCGUAAAAUGUUUGGACCAUUUUAGUGGUUUCCGCAAAAACUUGUUAGCGUAUCUUUUGGCUGAAAUACUUUUUCCCUGAGAAGUAAUUCUAAGCAAAAGCAAUCAGAGAGCUCCUAAUUCGAGGACGCUUCCGUUUGAUAUUCCACUAUAAAAGCCAGUUCUGAGCACAAGACCCAAAGUUGAAGAGCGAUAUACACAGGAUAAUUUAUUAUCCAGCAGCAAGAUAUCUGGUGCGAAGAAGAGACCCUGGUUAAAGGAAACCAAUUGUGCCGUCCACUGGUCAAAUACGUAGACGGGCGAAAUACAUGUAGACUUAAAAAGUUACACGCUUACUCUCCCUGCCAGCAGAGCAGAGCCUUCGUGUGACUUUUUGAGAAUUACUCUGCUUGAAUCGAGUGAGAUCUUUAUUGAGUAUGCGCUGCAUGUUGCUAGGAUACAAUUUUGAACCCAGGCCUAAUAGCCGCGCGAUUGGUACAGCGGGCUCAGUUUUGACCAUCGGUUUACCAAUAAACAGAUGCUCGCACUCAAAAGCCCAGACUUUUGGGCUUUUGGACUUUUGGACUUCAAAGCCUUGACGCGAUUAGGGCAGAGCUUCCUUUUCUCUUGCUUGAUCAAAAAGAAAACAAAAAGAGGCUCUGCUCGCAGGAUGACGAUGUUUUUCUUGUAGCCGAUUUAGUUACCAUAGUUACACGGUCGACGCCGUAUGAAAAGACAUCGUUACAGCAUUGGCUUUGUAUUUGUGUUUAGAGUCAUCUGUUGCAUCAAGAACUGAAAUACUGCGUGACUGUGUGGAGUCCAAUCUACUGAAAGCCAUGGCGGGUCAGAAACUACUGCCAGCAAUCAAAGUAUUGACUGACUGGCUUCGAUUGAACGCAGAACUUGUUACGAGUUGUGUUGAGGUAGGAAUGUUUUUUGUUGUUGUUGUUGUUGUUGUUUUUUCAUAUAAUUCUGAAGGGUUUAUCCCCAAGAUGUUUCUUGUCCCCUUCAGCUUCUUUUCCCCUUCAUUAUCCCUAACAAAUAAAUCUAUUUUCGUAUUUACCCAUUACAACCUGUAGGUAGUUCCCUGUGUACCAGAUUGCCCCAAGCUUGGAUCAAUCCUUUGACACCUAGCAUUGAUCAAAGCAAAAAUUUCGAAAAAAAAGCAUAGAUUUUAUUUGUCAAAUCCCAAGAAAUAAAUGUUACCAUGGAAAAGUUCUACCAAAAAGGUUUCAUUUGAGUGGUAAUACCAUGGAAUUUCGUCCACAAAUGCAAUAGUUAGAUUGACAAAUCAUUACACGAUAGCUCGGCCUCGGAGUGAAGGGUUUAAGUUACUCGGGACUAUUGAAACUUGAAAAAUUGGGCAAAACCACAAUCCUAGCGGCAACUUGUGUUGCGAAAUAAAUAAAUGAAAAAUUUUUAUAUAUUUUUUUUCUUUUCAGAGUUUGGGUGCCCUUUGGUCGAGAUUAGCUUCACUCCUGAACAUGUUCCCUUCCGCUGAGCAAAUGAUGGCGGCAGGUUUGUAGUAAUUGUCUCAUCCCCUUAAUUUGAAUAUAUGGGGAUUUGGAAGUCUUCAGUCAAACCAUUUGCUCACAAGCUACAAUCUUGAGCAAAAUAAGUUUGACCCCAUGGGUAAAUAUACAGGGUGUCCCAAAAGUUCGCUCCUCUACUUUAUAAGUCUGUAUUUCAGUACGAUUGGACUUGGUAAGAAAAUCAUUUAAACAAAAGUUGUGACUUUCAAUCUAAUUCACUAUUCUCGUACUUGUUGUGCCAUCUUUUGACUCGAAUGUUCGAUUUGUGUACUGCCGCGCCAAAGGUGCGCGUGCGCGAGUAUAUUUUCCAGCCUUUUUUUGUCUGUAUUUUAUAGCCCGAAUUGCCCUAACUCCUUCCUUGUUUUUUGUGAAUAUCAAGAAAGAUAAACACCCCUAACGCAAAAACGUCCAGCUACGUGACAGUAUAAGCAUGUAUACUUCGAUUUACUGGCUUAUCUGUGAUGGAAACUGCUAAAAAACUGGAAAAAUCCGAAUGUUGGGUGGGAAAUGAUCAUCGCGAAAUGAGGGUUUUGAAGGCAAGAAACGAGGGGGAAGACCAACAGUCCUGAAUAAAGCAGGUAAAAUAGUUUUAAGAAGAGACUAGAUACAAAAAAGAAGACGUCUCCAAAAGGAAACUCUCACAUAGUUAGCAAGCCAAGUCCAGAAAGGGUCAUGAAAAGCUGUUUAAAAUGUUUAAAAAAUUAGUGACCCCUGUGGUGGCAAAAAAAAAACUCUGCUUAGUCUGCCUAGUAACGCCCAUCUCGUCUCAAAUUGUAAAGAAGUACAAAAGCCUUACUGUGGAAAGGGAUGAUUAUCUUUUUUGGAUGAGUGCCCAAUAUUUUUUUCAGCUGUCUAAACUAAACAAGUAUUGUUUGGGGGCUGAACUGACUCCUGGGCACCAGGUGAUAAAAAAGCUCAAUAUGGAUCAUUUGAGGGUCUACACGCUAUAUUCCACUUCAUGCCGCAACGGCUACAGAAUGUGAUAAAAAAACAAAAAGGGUACCCUAGUAACUGAAAUUCUGAAUACAUGUUCUCGAUAGUGAAAUAAACAUCUAGGAAUUUCAAGGUAAAAUAAAGUUUUGAUCAAAAGUUUUAGUGCAUGAAAUUAGAGGAACGAACUUUUGGGACACCCUGUAUUGUUCUAUAUAACCUCCUAUUCCCUUGUUCUUCAAUCUCUUGGCACUUUUCGUGUUUGCAUUUCUCCUCUAUGACUACUGGAUUAGCGUGGAUAACCUUGACUCGUUUCUUCCCUGAUACUUGAUAUCCCCUAGUUUGUUAAUUCCCUAACGCUUCUCUGCUUGCAUCCGUUCUCUAUGCUUGGAAAAGCAUAGAUAACCAUGACCCCCCUAUUACUACUUGAGAUACAUAGCUUAGGAUGGCUUCGUCAAUCCAGAGCCUAGUUACAAGAAGUAGCGUUAUUUUCUUUUAAUCUCCACCGUUAACAACGUUCCGCCUUACGGAAUUGAUUUCUUUUAUCUCUUAGUCCCAAUUCCAAGACGACCGACAUGGCGAGGUAUUCUUGAUGAGACGCUCGACGAGAACUGGGUCCAAACACGUGGUCUGCCGGAAGACAUGUCGCUUUUAGGAUUUACACCGCUGACUGCAAUACACAGCAAGCUCGACAAGAAGUGGAGCAGGCUUACAAGAGACUGCCACUAUCUUGAGGUAAUAUCUCCCCCUUUAAACCAUGAAUACCCUAGUUGCCUCGGGGAUGUUUUUAGUCCAUUGCUAGGGCAAAUGUCUAGCCUACGCAAAGCCUAAUUCUUUCCUUAGGAAAAGUCAGGGAAGGGCAUAGUCAUCAGUGGCGUAUCCAGGGGAGGAGGCUCCCCCCCUUAUUUUUGAACCAAACUAAGGUCCGAAGGGCGGAAAAAAAUUCCUUUGAAGACCAACCCCCCCCCCACCCCCACCUACACUCCACACCCAUACCCGCAGAACCACCACCCCAUCAAACACCCAACCCCCGCCCGCAACUCCCACACACGCGCCGCUCACCACCACCGCAAAACUAUUUUUUUGCCAUGAGAAAAGCGGGGGAGGGGGCACAAAUCAGGGGGCAAUCCCGGGGGGGGGGCCCCCCCCCUUUUUUUUUUAACAAACUAAAGGGUCAAAGGGGGAAAAAAAUUUCUUUUGAACCCCCCCCCCCCCCCCCCCCCUUUAUUUAGGGGUCUAAUCCCCCAAACCCCCCCCCCCCCCCCCCCCCCCCUCAUCUCAAGGUCUGGAUCCGGCACUGGUCACGAUGUAAGAAAAUGACGCUUUUCAAGGUUUCUCAUAAAUUUCGUCCGAUUUUUGAAACGAUGUUAGGCGCAAUUUCAAAAAUGCGUGCCAAAACAAGCGGCGAUUUCGUGGCAAUUUGUCCCUGUGUAUUGGUCACCGUUUGUGGAACGUGCUGUAAUUUUUCCGCGAUUUAUCUUACUUUCUGCGCAAGAGUACGCUAUCCCAAACAACCUAGUGGAUAAGCGUUUACAGCAGAUGCGCAACAGGCACAGGACUAAUAAAAAAAAUCACACAAAGUAAAGCACGACCCUUAAGAAGCUUAAUGUUAAGCACUCCCUCAUGCAUCGAGCCACAUAACCGUAUCUUUGAACUGAUAGCAUUUAAAUACGGAAAUGUGAGGUCCGAAGUUGAAGCAUCCGCAAUUCAGAAAUGAGAUUCUCGUUUGCUCUUAAGAAAAGGAAGAAAUACUGUAGCCACUCUAUGAAUGGUAAAACCUUAUUCUUUUUUAAGGAACGACAGGUCAACGGUAAGCUGUGAUUUGAACAUCUACCCCUAAAUUUCGUGUCUUCUUUUUCUUUAUAGGCAGCUGUUCGAGUUCAGUGUUUAAAGAGCUUUGGUAUGAAGCUAGCAUUAACCGAGGUAGGCUAAUCCUUGAACCCAAGAAGACAAUUUCCACAGAGAGUAAAGGUACGGUAAAACGAGCAACAAAGACGUGCAACCCGUUUGGCAACAGUGUUGCAAAACGGGUUGAAUAGCGAUGCUGUGCGUUUUACCACUCACGAAUUCAUACUAUCUUGCAUCAAAUCAAGUACUUUCAGGUUGUGAAAAGAUGUUGCAGAAAGUAGAGAGUAGCUUUACUUUUUGCAACAAAAUAUGUCCAUGAUGUGCGUUUUACCGGAUCAGGGAAAACUGAAACUCACAUGACUUAACUCACAUGAAUGGCGCGACUCCCGCGUAAUUUUGUCCAAUCAGAAGUCACACUAUUCACGCAACUUGCAACAACCUUAUUUGUUGCAAGAGAGGUUUGAACGUGAGUUGUAGAACGCGGAACAUGGCUUUGUUGAUCGUUGUACUUUUUUGUUGCCCUUUUACCGUAGCUUAAAACAGCUACCUACAAAAGGCGGGUUUUUUUGUGGUCUCUUGUGUGAACUGAACUUUUAUAACUUUGCUCAUGUUUUUUUUGUUCUUCAGGAGCUGAGUUCAUUUGUUUGGGAUCAGAGCAAACAGCAAUUCCUUGGGCCUCAGCAGAUGGCAGAAAGAGAGAAGCGAAAAAAUCCCGAUAAACAACAAGCACCGUCAGCUCCCGUAAGAGAGAAGUUCCUUAGUGUAGUUUGUGUUGUAAUGACUGGGGUGUAAUAAACAAUUAUUCCACGAGUGCCCGUUGGGUAUGAGUUGGCUAUAAUCAUCUCAUAUUCAACAAGCGCGAAUGGAAAAAUUGUUUUAUUAAAAACUCCCACAAAAUAUCGAGAAUUCUUCCCGACUUUAUUUGUAAAAACAACCGAUUUCAGCUUGUUUUGAGCAGACGCGCACAGUUACCAUAUUGGGAGAGCAUGGUAUAAUGGCUCAUAAACCAUGAUGGCUAAGCCAAUCAGAGCUCUAGAAUUGCAUUAUCCAAUGAUUCAGUUUUUAAUAAUAACACUUAUUAGAGGGACGAUGACGAGAUUUUCUCAAUACUACAUAGCUCUUUUAGCUCAUUCCUUUCCCUAAUAUGAUCGGUACCCUCUCACACCACUGUUAGUAUAUGGGUGAACGCAGAGCGCGCUCUAGGUGAAAAUGUUAUUUAAAGGAGCUGUGUCACGAAAUUCAGGCAAAUUAGGAAAUUACAAUAUGCCUGUUAAAUUAAGAGAAACAUAAAAAUAACCGCUUAAAACUUUAAAGGAAGGUUAAAAUAACAUAACGGAAACAACAGAUGCCACGGAUGGGCAAAACUGAAGAAGAUUGAAACGGAUUGAAAUUAGGAUUUUUAAAAACCGUUCAGCCUAACAGUUUUUCAAAGUUGAUCCCUGCUGCUUGCAACCUUUCAAAAAUAAUGCUCAGGAGACAUAUUUGUUUGCCUUGGAUCUCUGAUGUUGUCAUUUACGUGUAAUUUCUUUGCUUACUUUAAGUUCCAUGGCGAUUGAGGGCGAGUAAUUCGCAAAAUUAAACAAAAUGAACUAGACUGCCGUGACACAGUCCCUUUAAUAAGAAACCAGUUCAUUUAUUGCCAUGCUGAAUCCUUACCUUCACCCUGAUGUUCUUGCGCCGAGAAUCUCCUCUAAAACAAAGCAGAAACUAAGAAAUGAAUAGCACUCUGAAUGACUCUCUUAUUUUUGCCCCUCAGGGAAACCGCUCUCGUGUAAUGAAGGCUAUGGCUCAGCAGUUGUUACAGGUAAUGUCUAAUAGAUCUUUUUUUUUUCCUUGUUUAACAGGAAAGUACAUGUUAGAGUUCUCAAACAUCCACUUUCAUAUCCUCAUCCGCAGUUGACACAUAUUUGUAUUUUAUAUAUUCUAUGUCAGCUUUUUAGUAUUUUGAUAACACUUAACAUCCAGAUUCAAAAAUAACCUGUGUGCGACGUGAAUGAGUCAAAUGCUCAUCAGUCAAGUACUGUUUUUCAGAGUGAAGUGGCAGAGCUAGAGAGCACUCUUAAAACAACUCCGCAUGGAAGUACAGCAUACCUGGUCCCUGAUGCCAUGUCAUUAUGCAGUCAGCUUCAUCUGGUGCGAAGGCUGGUCACCGCAGAGAAAAUGGUCAUCAUCAUUCCCAUUCAAGGUACUUUACUUUUCCCCUGCCUGUUAAAGUGGUAGUCUUACUAUAUUUAAAAACUAUAAAACUGAUUGUCUAUCUCAAAGCGCGUAAACCUCAAGCUCGAUCUAACUCCGUCGUUCCCAGUCACUCUUACUCUGGGUAACGACAAUGAUCGCGCAUGAAAAGCCUCUUGCAGGAUUAGCGCAGUCGGAAGAGCGCUUGAAUGCAGAGCGGGACGUCGCGGGCUCGAUUCCCGGGGCCGGACCAAUACUCAGGGUCUUAAAAUAACUGAGAAAUGAAAGUACUACCUUUGCACUGCAAGCGGCGAGUCAUUCACGUGGCUCGGAUGACCACGUAAAAUGGCGGUCCCUUCUCCGGUCGGAGACGUAAAAAUAGUGUCAUCAAUUAGUACUUUCGUGCUAGUAAAUACCUUGACAUUCAAAUAAAGUGCAUUUUUUUGGCACGAGCGUAGUGAUUCGUUUGCCCGACGCGAAGUUACGACAGACGUAUUUUGCAGAGUUUUUCCGAUCUCAUGAUUUUUCCCUUGGCAAAAUUUCAGAAAGAAAACCCUACGCCUACCAUUUAAAAAGAGCAAACGUGUGUGAUGAUUUUGUUGACACUCUAUCCAGGGACACACAAGAAGUUUCUCCAUCACGUACUGUUUUUAGGUUAUAAGUGGUCUAGCCUUGUUUUCUGUAAUAAGAUACACGUUUUUAGCAUUAAUUUGCUCUGUAUUUUCUUCACAAAUUAUUAAUGAGUGUUUAAAGGCUUUUAAAAAAGCUACGGUACAUCAUCGAAAUGUGCCACGAGUUCAUCCGAGGGAAUACCUUUCAAGACUUCAAGUCUCACUAAAGAAGCAAACAGUAUAGUCUGUGUUUAUAGUGUUGAAACUCAACCAAGGCACGAGACGAAAGCUGAAACAAACACUUACGCACUUCGGUGGCGCUCUUUGCACAAUCUUAUUCUCGGAUAUCCUGUGCGCAUGACUGCUGUUCUAUUGCACAACAGUCUGCUGAUGCACCUGAACUUUUAGGAUCCCGAAACAUAAGUGAUUAGGACGAACUUGAAGAUUCUGACUCGAUUUCUGCGUUACAGUGAUAGCCGCGCUGGACGAGCUGAAAAAGUAUGACAGCGGAGCAAGAGAGGCUACAAAGUUUUUAGAGCAGGAGUUUAAGAAGGGAAACAGGUAAAACCGUCUUUCUUUUUGUCGUGAAUUAUGACCAAUUAUGUGUUUCCGUUACCCCAAAACGUAAUUACUACAAUUUAGAUAACACAAACUGUGCCCGUCGUUUACAUGAUGAUCUGUUUUGUUGUGAUUUAGGUGGAUCCGAGCGCAGAAGGAGAAUGAGACGUUGGGUGGAGGCAAAAAGAGAGGACGCUAUGAGGAUGUCGCUGUGUGGUGAGUUCCUGUGGGAUAUCCUUGCCUUCUGUUGAGUAGCUCAUAGUUUUUCUUAAUGUCCGAGUUCAAUGUACCAUUUUUGGUAUUCUCGGAGCUAAAACCUAUAGCUACUUGUAGUCGAGGCUCAUGAGGGGGAAUCUUUUUAUGUGCAAAUAUCCUUCAGAAUUCGCCUCAAUUUCAAGCUAGUUUCAGUUCAUUACCGAGGUUAGGAGUUUGUUGCUGAGCUUCGCUUGAAAAUUGGCUACUGCAUGGUAAAGAACAUGUGCAGGGCCGGGGGAACAAGCUGCAGUAGUUGUGGGUUAAGAUAACCCAGGGGUUGGUUCGAAAUUGACCACUCCAGAAAAUACCAUCACAUACCAUAAUGCUCUUUGUUUGUCACCCCAUAAUUUUGCAUAAGCAUUGUUUUCAUUUUCUUCAAUUAGAAUUCAGAUGUGAAUGAAAAUUCAGUUAAAUUCUCUUUGUCUACAAUUUGAUGAGAAGAAGACGCACUAAAUAGAAUAGACAAAAUGGUUUGAACAAAAGAAAAAGAAACCCUGAUUAACACGUAACUCCGAGUUAAUAGUUGUUGGUACAAACAUUUCCAUCGUUAGUCAUUACUUGUUUGCCAUUUCUACUAUGAACUUUCCUCAUAAUUAUGUUUUUCUAAUUUUUUGCAGGCGUUUCAAUCAGAUCAUCAACUGUUGCCGGUACUUUAUAAAUCAAACUGGCAAAGGCCUAGUCACUUUACUGACCGGUGGCAGCUCGUACGAGCCUCCAAAGCGAGGCCAGAAAAAGGGCAUGGCCGCUAGUGGUACCCAGGCCACACCCGAGGCGGUGGAAUUGGCACGGAACUGCGGUAUCACUGUGGAGUCGCUGCGUGUGUUUUGCGCGCGAUUUUCUCAGCAAGCGAAGUCAGUCACGUGAAGCAGUUAUGAAAUGAUCCAGAUGUUGUGGAAGUGCUAAAGAUAUAGAGGGUAAUACACCCUUAAAACGAGGUGUGAACCACAGCAGAACCAACAAGACCGGUUCAGUCUAGGUAAAGGCAUUACGUGACUACAACCACAGGACAACCACCUUCUAUUUUUGUUGUAUCGAAGGGUCUUUAAGAUGCGAUCGUUUUCUUAGGGUACACUAAACAAGGUAACUUUUAUCUUAAACCUUCCAAGUUUUGUGGCAAGCUACACUUAAGCUGUUUUGUCUCUUAAUUUGCGCCUUUCUCUGUGGCCUUGCGCCCGUUAUUUCUCCUCACCGGAGGUCAGCAGCUCAGAUGGUUAAAAAGUUUCGUGAUCGCUAUUAUGGGGGCGCACAGUUUCUGCUGCCAGCAAGAAAAAUUCAGAAAGUACUUAGGUAGACAGCUUUCUUUCCCAGACGGAGAGCCUUGAUGGGAGGAAGUCAAAUUGAGAAAAUCUUAAUGUAAUCUUACUAGUUUUUCUUGUAGUGCUGGUCGUUAGAGAUCUUUGAAUCGACACUGUCGCUGUAUGGAUGCAGGAGUUAGUUAGACAGUUAGACAGCAAGACAGUUUGUCCUAGGAGGGUGGGGUUGGAGUAGUUGGUAUAGUUGGAGUUUAUCGUAGAAAACCUGUCACAUCACGAUCGCUGGACUUGCGUUUUGCAAACUUUCAUUCAGUUUUCAGAAAUAUUUGCGGCCCUUUCCAGUAUGCUAAACCUGAAUUCAUUCGUCAGGUUUUAAGCAAGUUUUACAGGACCAACUAAAAGUUGCAAUGUAAGCUUCCGAGUUUUCUAUGUUAUCAAAAAGUUUAAAGUUUUGACUCCUUCAUUAUUGGUCUGUACUUGUGUACGUUUAUCUUUCUUCAUAACAGUUAAAUAGCUCUUACUACGAAGAAUGUGUAAGCAAUGUCUCUUUUUCUUUUCCCGUGAAGCAGUUUUCUAGUGUUUGUUGGAACGGACAUGUAGGUGCGUUUUUACUUUUAGAAUACUCUCGCGAAACAUAGACCUGUUUAACUUGUAUGUUUUGUUUUCCUAGUGAAGGUCUCAGGGAACUUGCCGCUUUGUCUUUUCAUAAAUUAUCCGUUCAUAUGCACGGGAAUAAGACGAAAUUUGAAAGAAGCGGUUCUCAGGAGUAUUAUCACAUGGCCUACACUGGAAACUAAAACAAAACAUACAAGCUUUUUUUGGUCUAUUUGUGCGAACACUAGUGACAUGAUUUUAAGCGCCUUAAUGUAUCUUAUACAGUUCUCACCAAUCCCAGGUUUUCCCGCGCCUUAAUGUGUGUCACCAGUUCCUUAUUUUGACGCGCUUUAGUGUGUGUCACCAGUUCCCUGCUAUCCCGCGCUGCAGUGUGUGUCACCAGUCGCUAUUUUGGCGCGCUUUAGUGUGUGUCACCAGUUGCUAUUUUGACGCGCCUCAAUGUGUAUCGCCUGUUUUAUGCUUCGGCGCGCUUGGGACUGGUUACUGGUCUUCCAGUGCUUAUCACCCCUUACAGUUUUCCCGCGCUUAGCCGGAGUCGGCUACUGUUUUUUCCGCCCUUUGGUUGAUUGAAAGGUUGUGAUUGGCAAGUUAUUGUACUUUAACGGCGCUUAUUUGAAACUACUGUGUGAUCAGAAAAGCAAGGCAAGAUCAGCAAGGCGGGAAAAACUGGUCUCUGGUGUUGCUGAGGCUUAGUUACAUAACAACUAGGAAAAAACCUGUCCGCGGUCUUUACUGACAGCCCUCUAUUGUGCUUGCUAGAGAACUGAUAAUAAUAACUUCUGAAAUGUUUUAAUCAUAAGUAAGGUCAUUUUUUCUCUAAGCAUGUUGCAGUAUAGCCUAUCAUAGAUCAUCAGACUAACA